GUGCUCAUUGUUGUCUGCUGUGUUGUGUCUCUUCGUUUCACUUCUCACUUCGCUUCCAAACUUACUAAACUACUCACUCGCUCUCUGUCUCUCUGUCAUGAAACCACCCCUAGCACUACUAUUAUUCUGCCUCCUCUUUCUUCUCUCCACUUCGACCUCCGCCUUUAGCACCACAAAUGCCGCCAAACCGGCCACCCCCUCACUCUCCCCUACUCCUUCGCCCACAUCCUCCCCAACCCCACCCACCUCCGAAGCUCCCUCUUCUUCCCCGUCUACUCUAGACCCCAAACAAAUAGAAGCACUCCAAUCCCUCAACAUUCCCACCACAAGAGACCCUUGCAUCCAACCUUCCCCUCACAACGCCACCAUCUGUGACACCUCCAAGCCCUUUCGCCACCUCAUUUCGCUCCACCUCUCCAACUGCUCCUCCGACCUUUCCCUCUCCUUCACAGCUCUCAAGUCCCUCUCUUCCCUCCAUUCUCUCUCUUUCACCAACUGCCACGCGUCUCCCAUUCACUUCCCUUCUGAUCUCUCUCUUUCCCUUACUUCCUUCUCCUGUAUUCGCUCUCUCCGCCGCCUUUCUGGGGUCUGGCUGUCACGUUUGGUUAACCUUACUGAUCUUACAGUUUCCUACACUCCAGUUAACACCAGCGGCCUCUACGUAAUUCUUGGAAACAUGCAUAAGCUGAAGACAGCCACCAUUUCCCAUGCUAAUCUUACCGGUUCUCUUCCAAGGCACGUGCAUCUGAAUCUCACCCAUAUUGAUUUAUCUGAUAACAAGCUCAAAGGAAAAAUACCUACUUCCCUUACUCUUCUGGAAGAUCUUGAAUUCUUGAAUCUUUCUUCGAAUGGGCUAAAUGGGGAGAUUCCCACAGAGUUUGGUGACUUGAUAUCGUUAAAAAAUGUAUCUUUGGCUUCCAAUUCGUUUUCUGGGUCAAUCCCGGAUUCGAUGUCAGCUAUUCCAGGCUUGGUUCAUGUUGAUCUGAGUAAUAACCAGUUAAAUGGGACUGUCCCAAGGUUUUUCUCAGAGUUGAAAGGGUUGAAAGUCUUGAAUCUUGAGAACAAUGAGCUUCAUGGGGCUUUACCUUUCAAUGCUAGUUUUAUAAAGAGAUUGGCUGUUUUCAAGGUUGGUGGGAAUGGCAAUUUGUGUUACAACCAUUCUGUUUUGUCAUCAAAAAUGAAACUUGGGAUUGCUCCUUGUGAUAAGCAUGGGUUGCCGAUGUCACCGCCGCCUUCAAAGGAGUCUUCUGGAGAUAGUGAGAGCGACUCUUCAGAUUAUGAGGAUGGUGCAGAUGAUACAAGUGAAAAGAAGAAGCAUCAUCACGGGCCAAGUAAGGUUGUUCUUGGUGUUGCAAUUGGGCUUUCUUCGGUAGUUUUCCUUACUGUUUUUUUGGUUCUUCUCUCAAAAUGGUGUGGUUGAAGAAAAAAAGUACUUUUGAUUAUUGGUUAGAUUUUUUGAGUAGGGGAAAUUGGUAAUUAGAGUUUCCAUUUAUUUAUUAUUGAUAUCUGAUACCCUUGAUUUAUGAAAAAGCGGGUAGCUAUAGG